AUGACGUUUGUCCUGACUCGGGUGGAUUACGCGAGUGUGGGAGUGACGGCCCGGGGCACCACGCGCAUAUUUCCCGCGACCGAGCCAAAGGUGCCCCAGAGAUUCGCCGUUGCCGAUCAGGACGGAGUACUUUACAUUUUCGGGCUGAAGAGAGGGGAGUUCCAGGUGUUGUUCAAGUCACUGCCAGGAGCACCGGUGAACCGACUAGUCCUCGGAGGCACGGUCUCGGCACCCAAGGACAAGAUAUUCCUCGCCCAAGGCAACACAGUCACGGGGUACACGAAAAAGGGCAAGCUCUUCCUCGAAUUCGACACAAGUCUCCUCGACACUAUAACUGCGAUGUACGUUUUGGGCUCGGAUUUGGCGGCUUGCGCGCGAGACGUCUACCACCGGUACCGGGACUGCAAGGACGCCGAUUCCUACCUGGCCGGGGAAAAGCUGUACGACGUCGUCCUCCUGCCGGUGGGCUCGGUCGUAGCUGUCCUCGCCUGUGGUGACUGUGCGAUCAGGGUACUGUACGGGACGAGGAGUCCAGCGGUCCUGAGGCUACCCAGCGUGCCGACUACGCUGACACCCUACAGGGAAGCGGAGCUGGACUCGACGGACCGCGUCCUCGUGGGCACGAUGGACGGGAAAGUCGGCUUGCUGAUGCUGGACAGCGACAAGAGUCUGCGAGUCAGCUGGAUAUUGAACCGAGCGAGCUCGGAGGUCACGUCUAUGGACACGUUUGAGCUGCAGGACGGUGUGGAUUUGAUCGUCGGCAGACAGGACGGCACCGUCGACGUUUACACCCUGCCCGAAGACGAGGACGUCGAACCCAUGCUGAGAUUUCAUUACAACGCGGGCGAGAGCAUAAGCACAGUCGUGGGUGGUUUCGUGGGCUCGGGCGAGUACUCGGAGCUGCUGGUGACUACGUACUCGGGUAAGGUGUUUGGCCUGACGACGAAGCCGGCCGGUCUGAUCGAAGCGGCCGGUGGCGAGGGAAACGUUGCCCGGCUGAGGGAAGAGAUCCAGCAGCUCGAGGCGGAACUCAAGAAGGAGUUUCCCAGCUCGAUGGGGCUCGGGAACCAGGACAGCCUCGCGCCCGUCGUCAUGUCCGUGAAUCAUCGAUUGACCCUGAACAAGGAGGGCGCGUCGUACCUCUUCACCGUUGAGUUGGACAGAUCGAUCGACAACGUCCUGAUUCAAUCUGACACUCCGAUCGAGCUGUUGGACGUCGAGGGCAACAACGCCGUGAUGAGCCUCUCGACUUGCGAUCCCAACGAGGGGAACUUUGUCCUCGCGACUUACCGCUGCCAAGACAAUACCAACAGGUUGGAGAUAAAACUGCGGAGUAUCGAGGGCCAACCGGGCACGCUUCAGGUGUACAUUACCUCGCAGAUCCAACCAAAAUGCUGCCGUAGGAUUCUGGUGCCGAUCUGUGCGCUGUCGCUCCACGCGAGAUUACACGUCGACGACAAAGAAUCGAUCGUAGGUGGACCGUUUAACGAGCUGCGAUUGACCGGUAGUUUUUCGAUGGCCGAGAUGCACGCGUGGCUUGCCCUCGCGUUGCCCGACGUGCCUGAAAGACCAAGCGUGCGGGAAGAGGAAACCGAGGCGUCGAUGAUCUACACGUCGACCUUCAUCGGCACCGUCUUGAAGUGCAGAUACAAAAAGAGCAGCGCGACUUUUCUCAGCGAAAACAUAUCGACCAUCAUCAUCCUGAGGGACCUACUCACGAAAGAGGCGACCAAGCGAAAGAUCAAGCUCGACGUGUUUUGCGACGUAGCCGAAGCGAGCGUGUCCAGAGUUUUGGAGCUGGUGAUGCCUCGUUUGAAAGAGGUCAGCGAGCUCACCGAGAAGAUAAAGAUCUUGGACGCCCUGGAGACGUGGGAGAUGAAGAGCAAUCCGUCAGAAUUGUGCUCAGAGUACCAGGAGUUGGUGAGAUGCGAGUCCGAGUUGCGGGAGAAAAUGUUAAUGAACUCGAACGCCCUGCAAAGACUGCACGCUGCUGUUACGGAUUUGUACGUUGACUGGGAACGGGCCAAAAAUUCUCGAAGAAUUUCCAGCAAACAGGCGGCACUGAAACUGCAGGGUGCGCUCGAUUUGAUGGACGCGACGAUGCUACUCGGGGCUUUUACCAUCACGGAUUCUUCCAUGGCUCCUACCGUUUCAGUACCGGCGUUGUUGCAAUAG